AUGUCUAGCUCACAAAACAAUACCAACAACAUUGCAUUGCACACCUCUCGUCCACAACAUCAACUUCACAACUCUUCUUUGCCACUACCAGGUUCCAGAUCGCAUACUACCGUACAGACUCAGGACUAUUCUUCAUUGCAAGGAUGCAUCUAUGGAAUCAGGAUGAUGCUGGGCACAGAGGUCCAGACUUGUAUUGGAGUCAGAGUGCUCAUGGUAACACCACCUUCACCAGCAAGUGAGGCACUUGGUGUUCAACAUAUGCCACAAGGUGGAAUUGGGCAGCCUAACUGGCCUAAGGACCAUGCUGGGUUUAGUGAUGGAACAACACAAAAGGCAGGUCUCAUGUGA